GUCUAUUGUGACAUGGAAACUGAUGGUGGUGGCUGGACUGUAUUCCAAAGGAGAAUGGAUGGGAUCUCAAAAUUUCUAUAUUACUGGAAGGACUAUGAUUUAGGAUUUGAGAACUUGAAGGAAUUUUGGCUCGGUUUAAAAAACAAAAUUCAUCGACUUACCACAUCUGGUUUGAGUAGCAGUCUACGAGUUGACCUUGAAGACUUUGACGGUAAUAAGAGGUUUGCUAAGUAUUCUGUAUUCCGUGUAGCAAAUGCUCUAAGUCAAUACGAACUAAGUGUUGGAGGAUACAGCGGAAAUGCUGGAGAUAGUUUGUCAUAUCAUAAUGGAAUGAAGUUUUCCACACGAGACAGAGAUAACGAUGUUUGGUCUGGACUAUGUGCUCAGUCAGGAGCUUGGUGGUAUAUGGAUUGCCAUGCUUCUAAUCUUAAUGGUGAAUAUUUGUUUGGGAAUCACACUUCAUAUGCCAAUGGAGUUAACUGGUAUCACUGGAAGGGCCACCACUACUCCUUGAAAUUUUCUGAGAUGAAAAUUCCGGCGUAA